AUGGCAUCGAAACCUUCGUCAAAUUCUAUACCUAAUUCAGCGAAAUUUCUCAUCGGUGGCCUAGCUGGAAUGUCUGCAACUAUGAUCGUUAAUCCAUUUGAUUUAGUGAAGAAUCGUAUGCAGAUGAGUGGUAUAGAAGGCGGUGUCCGAGAAUAUCGAACGAGUUUCCACGCCAUUCGAGUUAUCCUCCAUAACGAAGGCGUUCGUGGUUUAUAUGCCAGUCUUUCAGCUGGUUUACUUCGACAAGCGACAUACACGACAACUCGUUUGGGCAUAUAUCAAAACUUAUUGGAAAGGUUUCGUGAAACUAACGGUCAUCCACCGCGAUUUGUAAUCAAUCUACUUCUCGGUGUUUUCAGCGGUGGUAUAGGUGCAUUCGUUGGUACGCCUUCCGAAGUUGCUCUAGUUCGUUUAUCGCUUGAUGGAAGAUUACCUGUCAAUGAACGAAGAAAUUAUAAAAAUGUUUUUGACGCUCUCGUACGUAUUACGCGAGAAGAAGGUCCACUAGGACUAUGGCGUGGUGCUUUUCCAACUGUGGCACGGGCAAUGGUUGUGAAUGCUGCUCAAAUGCCCACGUAUUCACAAACGAAACAAAUGUUUAUUUCUUCGGAGAUAAUGCAACAAGGUUUACCUCUGCAUAUCGUUGCAUCAUUAGUUGCUGCAUUGGUAACAACGACUGUUUCUCUUCCGGUCGAUAUCAUUAAAACACGUUAUCAAAAUAUGAAAAUUAUCGAAGGAAAACCAGAAUAUAGUGGGGUAAUGGAUGUCUACCAACGUAUUCUUAACCAAGAAGGCAUACAUAGUUUUUGGAAAGGCUUUACUCCUUAUUUUUCUCGUCUUGGUCCUCACACAAUUCUCACCUUCAUAUUCGUAGAACAGUUCAAUAUUCAGUAUCAAAAGUAUAUUCUGAAAAAUCAUUCCUAUUCAUCAACUUUAUGA